UUGUCAUGGCAAGGCAGAGGAGUGCAUAGGUCUGUGCCGUGCCCUCCUCAGUGCCCUUCAUUGGUUGCUUCGAUGCACAACUGCCUCAGCAGAGCGACUUCGGGAGGGCCUUGAGAUGGGGGCCACAACAGGGGAGAAACAGCUCACCAGGUGUCUUCAGCAACUUAAGAAGAUCCUCAGCAGCACCAAGAAUCGAGCCCUGCUACAUGUCGCCAAACUGGAGGAAGUCUCCUCCUGGACAGCCAUUGAGCAGUCAUUAUUGAAGCUUGGGGAGACCUUUGCCAGCCUUAGCAAUUCCCAUCUCCAGAGUCAAGCAGAAGAAUGUGGAGUACUGAUUAGAAGCAUCCCUAUCAUGCUGUCUAUGCACUCAGAGCAGCUGCACAAGACUGGGUUCCCCACAGUGCAUGCUGUGGUCCUCCUGGAGGGCACCAUGAAUCUGACAGGAGAGAUGCAGCCAUUGGUUGAACAGCUGAUGAUGGUGAAGAGGAUGCAGCGUAUUCCCACCCCUCUCUUUGUCCUGGAGAUCUGGAAAGCUUGUUUUGUGGGUCUCAUUGAAUCCCCUGAGGGCACUGAGGAGCUCAAGUGGACAGCCUUCACUUUCCUCAAGAUUCCUCAGGUUUUGGUGAAACUGAAGAAAUACCCUCAGGGGGACAAGGACUUCACUGAGGAUGUGAAUUGUGCCUUUGAGUUCCUGCUGAAGCUCACACCCUUGCUCGACAAGGCUGACCAUCGGUGCAACUGUGAUUGUAUCAACAUGCUGCUCCAGGAGUGUAGUAAGCAAGGACUGCUCUCUGAGGUGAACAAAGAGAGCCUGAUGGCCAAGCGCUUGAAUGAAUUCACAAAGAACAUCAGUAAUGAAAACUCCAAAGUAGCUUCAGUCCGUGCUCUGCUCUUUGACAUCUCCUUCCUCAUGUUGUGCCAUGUGGCCCAGACCUAUGGUUCAGAGGUCAUUCUGUCAGAAUCAAGCACUGUGGGUGAAGUGCCUUUCUUUGAGACCUGGAUGCAGACAUGUAUGCCUGAGGAGGGCAAGAUCCUGAAUCCUGACCACCCCUGCUUCCGGCCUGACUCUACCAACGUGGAAUCCCUGGUUGCCCUGCUCAACAACACCUCUGAAAUGAAGCUAGUGCAGAUGAAGUGGCAUGAGGCCUGUCUCAGCAUCUCAGCUGCCAUCUUGGAGAUUCUGAAUGCCUGGGAGAAUGGAGUCCUGGCUUUUGAGUCCAUCCAGAAAAUCACAGACAACAUCAAGGGAAAGGUGUGCAGCCUGGCAGCGUGUGCCGUUGCUUGGCUUGUGGCCCAUGUCUGUAUGCUGGGCCUGGACGAACGUGAGAAAUCACUUCAGAUGAUUCGCCAGCUGGUCGGGCCUCUCUGCAGUGAGAAUACCCUACAGUUCUACAGUGAGAGCUGACAGGUCCAUGAGCAGUUCCCUCUCAGCCUCUCAGAUGCACACAGUCAAUAUGAGAGACCCUUUGAACCGAGUCCUUGGUAAGUUCCUUCUCUUCCCUAAGCCUGGCCAGCUGGGCAUGAGACUCCCUUCUUCCACCUUCCCUCACCUGGUGGUGGAGACAUCUGCUUGUCUUUCCCUAGUCCCUCCUGUGGUCCCCUGUACCAAAUCACCUCCUCCCUUCUCUCCU